AUGCCAGUGUCGACACCAGCUGAGUUGAACGCCGAUUACGAGCGACUUCUUCUGGAGCUGUCGGCCGAACGCCAGGCGCGGGAAGUGUUGGAUCAGAUCGCCGGCAAAGCGGUGCCACUUCUGCACCGAUGCCAGUGUCGACACCAGCGCGACGAGGAUGUGGUGGCGAUGGACACAAUCGACCAAUUGAUGGACGAUUAUCACCGACUCUUAGAGCGCGAGCGCGAAGACAGAGCCCUCGCCGCCGCCGCCGAUGUCAGCGAUGGCCAGACAUCGCAGCCGUUGUCACAGACGCUCAACACGAAGAUCACACGUGACACGAAUACCCCGACGACGGCCACAACACGACACAAACGGAGUGCCAAACAAAACCCCCCGAAGAAUAACUCAAAGAUCAGUGACUUCUUCGCCGCCAAACCAAAAGACACAACGGAACCGUUGCCGUCGACAUCAGCACCGGCUGUGCGCGUGAAACAAGAGCCCAUUGAUGACACCAAUGGCCUCAACCACACCACCGCCGCCGCCGACGACGACUAUGACUCUGACUUCGAGUACAAUUGCUUGGAGUGUCCGAAGAGGUUCACUACACAGCUGUCGCUGGCCUCCCAUCAGGUGAACGCCCACAACAAUCGGGCGGCGUUCCGGUGCCCGAAGUGCCAGUGGGCGGGCAUUAACCACAACUCACUCGUCAAACACCGGUAUUCGCACACUCGCGACGAGAUCAUGGCCUCCGGGUUCAACUCACACGAGUCGACUGUGCAGUGGACGCCGGGCGCGCCCGCCGUUGUCGAGCGGUACGUGGUUUGCGGCUACGAGUCUGUCUGUCCCAAAGUGUUCAAGACAUAUAUGGGUCUCUUCGCGCACGUGUCCAAAGAGCACUCCAUCGAGGCGUACACCGAGUACUUUGAGAAGACACGGCAAACGAGAGGGCAGGCAGUGGUCACCGCCGAUGACCAACUGAUGGCCAUUGAAGGCCCGCCUCCGCACGACAAUAGCGAUAAUGAGAGACACGAGUCCAAUGACGGGUUUGACGUCAAUCUCGGAUCCGAUGGAAACGACGUCAGUAUCGCUGACAACAGCUUCAGCUUCGGUACAGAUCUGUUGGCAGCGCCAGCGCUCGCCGCCGAUGACGACAGCGAUGAUGCCGUCGAGUACUACUGUCAGGAGUGUCGGGUGCCGUUCGCCACCGAACACUGUCUGCGCAAACACUUGGGCCACAUUCACGGCAACGCGAUGUUUCCGUGCGAUCACUGCGAGUUCAUGGGUGUCGACCGGGCGGCCAUCAAAACCCAUCGACGCCAAUGCCAUCGGGAACUGUUGGCACCGGGCACGAGGUCGCAGUCCCUGAAGACACCGCAGCUGCCGCUCGUGGCGGCUCUGGUCAAACGGAAACGCAAACGCCGCCCCUUUGGGCUCACCAGACGGCCGCUAAAUGGCCCUAAAGUCAAAGCGCAUCCUAUGCUCACCACUGGCGGUCAGAAUCCACCGCCUAUUCUUCCGCAGCAGCCGUCAGCCAUUAAGCGUAGGGUCGGUCGGCCUCGUAAGUGCCAACAGCCGCCGCCACCGGUGCCCACCCGUGUCACAGCCAAUAGUGGUCCGAAGGCCAGCCAACGCCGUACGCCGUGGUAUUGCGUCCAGUGUCUGACCUUCUGGCCCAACGAACUGGCGCUCAAGAAACACAAGGCCGGCGUUCAUCGGGAGCCCGCGUUUGGCUGCGAUCAGUGCCCCUGGAAUGGCUACACUAGCAAACAACUCAAUCGACACUCUCUGUGUCACCAACCAGUCGGUGGUGAUGGCGGUCAAGAGGUGGCGGCCAAUGGGGCGACCAAUAUCUCUAAUUUGAUGUCACACAUGUACCGCAAUUACUCGGCCAAUGUUUUGUCCAUGUUUACCGAUCCCAACGCUUCCGGUAUG